AUGUCGCAGAGUCGUAUCGGCGUUUACCUGGGUCUCGCCGCCGCCGGUGCAGGCGGAUACUACCUCUACCGUGCAGGCGGCGAUGUGAAAGGUGCUAAGCAGGAGAUGAAGAUUGAUGCCGACAAGGCACGCGAGAAGCUUCCCCGCGGUGAAAGCGCCGAGAAAGCGGGAGCAAAUGCCGGGAAGGAAGCCGGGGCUGUUGUUGAUGAGGCUAUCAAUAACGCCCGCUCCAAGUUCAAGCUUGAUGAGAGAAUCCCCGAGAUGAAGGAGAACGGAAAGGAGAAGCUGGAAGAAGGAAAGAAGCAGUUUGAUGAUUUGCGUCAGGAGACACGGGAUAAGAUCAGUUCGGAGAUUGACAAGGUGGAUCGCUCGGUUGAGCAGAAGACGGCUGAGGCGAAGGGGACGGUGUCGGGUUGGUUUGGUGGAAAGAAAUAG